GCUACUUGUUUAGCAAAGUACCCGAUUUGCUCACUGCUACUUCUCUUUGUAUCGUUUUCUUCGUGGUCACUGGUCAGUAAUUGAGUUGUUACUUGUUAGUCUUGUUACUAUUUUCGGUAAACUAUUCUCACCAACAUGUUGAGUUGUGCGUGUCAUCUCAGUAUUUUCAUCGCAUAAAAGAUUAAAAUAUAAUGGACAGUCAUUAAGUAGAUAGUUACAUUUUUCACGUGCCAUCGUAUAAAAAGUGCUGAAACCUACCUUCGUAAACAUGAAAGUCACUGUUACUACGCUUAACGACGAAAUCUUCGUCCUAGAUGUUUCGGAAGAUUUAGAACUGGAGAAUUUUAAAGCUUUUUGUGAAAUUGAGUCUGGUUUUUCCGCGAAAGUUAUAAUUCUAAAUUACAAUGGAAAACCUCUGUUGGACAACAAGAAAACUUUAAAAGAACACGGAGUAUCUGAUGGAGAUGUAAUUGUAUUGAUACAUAUGGUUCAAUCUUCUAUGAACCUCAACAACACUGAUGCUAAUCAAGCAUUGCCAUCAGGCUUGGCUAAUUUAGACUUCAGCAGUAUUCAGGUUCCAACAGGUCCUAGCACCUCAAUGGCCACUAGAUCUACACCAGUAGAAGAAGAUCCGCGUAUCAUAAGGGAAAUGUUUAUGGCUAAUCCCGACCAGCUAGCUUUACUGAAACAGAAUAAUCCUCGAUUGGCUGAUGCAUUAUUAAGUGGCAAUUUAGAUACAUUUGCAUCAGUCCUUCGAGAACAAAUUUCGGCUAGGACAGAACGCCAACAACAGAGAAUAAGAAUGAUGAACUCAGAUCCAUUUGAUACUGAAGCACAGAGAAUGAUAGCAGAAGAAAUACGCCAAAAAAAUAUAGAGGCCAAUAUGGAGGCGGCUAUGGAAUACAAUCCAGAAACAUUUGGGACGGUUGUAAUGCUGUACAUAAAUUGUUUUGUUAACGGGUUUCCGGUAAAAGCUUUUAUAGACUCCGGGGCACAAACUACGAUUAUGUCUGCUAAAUGUUCUGAAAGAUGCAAUAUCAUGCGUCUUGUUGAUACGAGAUGGGCGGGCAUAGCUAAGGGUGUUGGUGUACAGCGAAUCAUAGGACGCAUUCACAUGGUUCAGAUGAGAAUUGAAAAAGAUUUUCUCACUACUUCAUUCUCAGUACUUGAAGAACAGCCAAUGGACAUGUUACUAGGACUUGACAUGCUGAAGCGACAUCAGUGUAACAUUGAUCUGAAGAGGAAUGUCCUUCUGAUCGGAACAACGGGAACCGAGACUCCAUUCCUACCUGAGUCUGAGCUGCCGGAGUGUGCGCGACUCUCGUCUGCCUCCGAUGACGACGUCGUCAACCAGUCAGUCAGAGACCAUGAAGAACGGCAAAUGGAGGAGGCUCUGGAGAAAUCAAGACAAGAGGCUGCGAUGGAUCCAAGAUCAUCCAUCAUGAUGUCUUCACCGGCUCCCGGACAGAGCUCUCAAAGAGGUGGGCGAGGAGACCCACGUCGGACGAUUAUGCCUACUGAUAAAUUUACCGAGUCAGAUGUUGAGGAAAUAGUGAACCUUGGCUUCACAAGGGAACAGGCAAUCCUUGAGUUACGUCGGUUCAACGGCGACAAGACGCAGGCAACGGUGGCUCUCUUCGCAAAGUCUCUGAAGUUUUAACUACGCCGGCCGGAACAUUGAUUUUAACCCCCUUUUGGUAACCUAACAACAUUUUGUUCACGAAAUGUAAGAUUUUGUUGUAUAUAAUUUUAACAUGCCGUACCUAUAUAAAGUGUCAGAACUUGUUAUACAUGCAAUGAAAGCAACAAUAAUUUUGAUUUAAAUUUUUUAUUUUUUUUAAAUAUUAUGUAUGGCUAUUUUAAACAUGCUAUUAUUAAUAAUAUUAUAACAUAGUAUUUUAUUUAUUUAUACGACUUACACAGUUUUAUUCAAAUAAUUAAAUUUCUGAUACAUACAAUAUUUAUUUACAAUAAUUUUAUUUUAAAAUAAAUUUUAAACAUUUUAUGUAAAACAAACAAGUUUUUUCGCAGAAAGAAUUUUGCUUUUAUCAACAUCAUAUUAACAUGAUUAUUUAGUGGUGAUUGUUCGUAUCGGCGUCUAUUUUAAUAAUAUUUUUUAUAACUUAAAACCUUCGGGUGUGGAGUUAUUGUUAUAUCCUCCUUCCUUCACGAACACAUAAUAUAUGUCCAAAGAAUAAUUCCUAGCAACUUUGGCUUGCUUUUUAAUAGUUUAAGAGGUUUUUUUUAAAUGAAGGUGGGGCUUAUUUGUGUAUCUUGAGGUGUCUUGUGAGUUAUGUCAAAUAAGUUAUUGAAAAUUAGAAAAAGGAAAAGAUUAUUUCGUCUAUUUCGAAUCGAAUUCGAAAAUAUGUAUAAAAAAAUAUAUGUUCCGUUACUUACCAAUGACUGCUUGUAAUGUGACAAAAAAUUAACAAUCUUUUAUGUGAUUGAGGCUCUCUCUUCGAGAAAUAAAAUUUAUGAGUUAAUAUUUAAAUCUGUCUGAAGUUGGGAUAUAAUCUAAAAGGAAUAAAGAAUAUAUGAAAAUACAAAGUUUUUAUAUUUUUAAAGAAGACCGAGAAAUGAAAAGGAUUUGGAAAAAAAAUUCGAUUUGCACUUAUGAAAUAUAGAGAUGCGCGUAAAGAUUUUGGAUUGAUAUGAAAAAAUAAUUACGGAAGCUAAGGUGACUGAUAUGUCACUUUAAUUAUAAUUUAAUAACAAAAUUUAAUAAAAUAGGAUCAAAUGUUAAAAAGCAAAAGUUUAGUCUAGAGCUGAACAUAAUAAAUCAUUAUAUUAUUUUAAAUGUAUUUGAUUUAUUUAUAAUAACAUUUUUGGUAAAUAACCUAUGAUAACGUUGGACUUAAAUUACUAGUAUUACAUAUAUUUUUGCAAAUCACUUCAGAGCAACACGGCAUUUUCGUAACUUGACCCUUACUGACCGAUGCAUGUAUUUUUUUUUUUUGGCAUAAUGUUGCCACAUCAGCCCCGCCCACAUUUCAUAUCUCCCUAGAUCUAAAUAUGCGUGGGUAGGUAUGUAAGUUAUGUUAAGAAUUUUAUUUUAUAAACAAUUAUACAGUCAAAAGUUAUUAUUUAUCAAAAACAUUUUAUAAAAUUAAUUAAACAGGGUAAGCUUAUAUUUUUUAUCACUUUUUACUUGCAUUCUUAGCCCACAUUCCUAGUCUGAACAAUUUCUUACAAUUUGCAUUAAAUGUACGCGGUAUACUAUCGGUGUCAGUUUAUUCUCAUCGGUAUGAUUAUCAUCAUGGCCGUCAAACUAAAUUUUCGGCCAUUGAUGACUGCUUUUUUGAUCCUCGACUUUUAUGAUGUGCGCUAAGAAUAAUUCUGAUCGAUUUUAAGGUAACAUAAUUUUAUUGUACUCGAUAUGUUAUUGGAACUUAGAUAUAAUUUAAGUAUAAUUAAAUGUAGUAAGAUAGUACUCUCUUAGCUAUAUGCUAAAAAUCAUUUCAACUGUGACGUACGUGUGGAUAAAUUUUACUUCAUUAUUAGUAAUUGAAAUCUCUAUCUUGUCGUUUGGUUCAAUACCUGCAAUAUGGGCGCAAUAGGAGUUUAGCGUGAGUGAAGCCACAUCGGAGUUUUAUUUUCGGCUUAAGAGACCGACGUACCUAAACGAUAUAAAACUACAAAACGUUUUCAAAAUUUCAUAACAGAUAAAAAUAAUAAUAAAUUACUAUUAUUCGCGUUAAAUUAACAGAUGAAAGAGCUUUCUCCCAAACUGCCAACUUUACCUUAAUAUUCUGAUGUCGCCGACAGACGGGCUGAACCUCACCCGUUCGAGAUAUGUCACAGUUUUAAGCUAUGGUAUGAUAGGUAUAACCACAAUUUUUCACCAGAAAUUGGCAAUGCUAAUUAAUUUGACGAAUUACCGUAAGCAAUACUAAAAGAAAACUACCGCGGAUCGGUAGUCAAUGGGGCCACACUACCGUUCAGUGUCCUACAUGAGCUCGGAGAAAACGCACAUGUCGACAGAUAUAGGGUCUUCAAAUGUCCUAUGAAAAAGCGUUGCUGGAAUAAUUCCAAAGUGAAGCAUACAAAGCCAUUAAUAACUUACUAUAGUAAAUUAUAUGAAAUGUUAGUUAUCCCUUUUAGAUCUCUUUUAUCCAUCAUCUUCUAUAAAGUCUAAUAAAAAAUUUACACUCUGAAAAUAACAACAUCAGCACCUGUUCAUUCUACCUUCAUAUUGUUAUAUUGAUACAUAAUAGCCCGACUUUACAAUCUAGCUCUAGAUCAUUUCCAUAUCUACACAACACUUCGAGCGAGAAUUAAAUGCUUUAUAUCGGUAGUGUGGCCGUAGCAUUAUUAUAGGGAUGCUUACGGUAAGAUCGAUUCCAGAGGUCGGAAAAAAAUAUCGAUGACUUCAUGUACCUACUUACUACGUUUUCAAGAUUAACAUGGGUAUUUAAAAAUAAUUCAAUCAGUUUCACUGAACAUACCUUCAUAAGUAACUAGUAUUUAUAAUAAUACACACUAUUUUAAGCUACUCGUAUUUAAACAGCAUGACAGCAUGGCUGGUGAGACACUUCUGAAAAACGUGUUAUUUGGCGAUCAUGUAUGAAAUAAAAAUAACAUUAAAAUAAAUAUCAAUUGACUACCUAGUACACUUAAACGAAAGUGUACACGCAAAUUGCAAGGCACGCAAGUAGGAAGCGGGAAGGUUGGCGAGAAGGACAUACGGACCUAUUGGUGGUUGCGCUUAACUAACGAAAAGGUGCUGUGAUGUAUCACACACUUCAUUUAUUCAUAGGUUUUUUUUUAAAUAAGCACCUUAUUUUAGCAUUAUAUUUAGAAUGAGAAUCGAGUAGCAAGUACUCUCCUUAAAUAUCGUUAGUGUCUCACUAGUCAUACGUCUUAUAAGUAUAAUCUUAGUACUUUGAAGUUAAGGAAAGGGGCAGGGUCCAGGGGAUAGAAUGUAGGGAAACUCUUUUAAUAAACUUUUCGUUCAUAUUAUAUUUUGUCAUUGCUUUCCUUCAAACUUUUGCGGUCGUCCGGCAGAUGUGAAACAUUUUUAUUAAUAUAUUAAACACAAUUGUGACCGCGAUUAUUAUUACGCCUAUUUAUGAGACGACUGAAUGUUUUUCCUUUCAUUUAAUGUUUAUUUUAUUUGAUUAAUUGGCUUACUUUGGGUUGUCUAUCAGUAAUAUACGUAGGUAUGUUUAAAUUUUAUUUGUACAAUAUAAUAUGUAGUUUUUUGGUACACUUGUACUUCUAUUAAUAAGAUUUACUGAGUAAUAAAAUUGUUAUACCCCA